UUUAGGUUUUUUUCGUUCGUUUGUUGAUUAUCUUUUAGUUUGAUCAAUUUUUUUUUGGUUGCAAUACUUUUUUUGUUGUUAUCAUCACUCAUCGACAACCAAUUUUUUGUUUUUCUCUAUACCGAUUCAAUUGUCAAUUGGCUUCCUUGAGACACAUAAAUAUCAAAGCUAAACUGGUUAUUGUAAAUGUUUAUUCUGUUGAUCAAAUAAAUCUUAUCCAUUUUUUUCGUUGGAUUCACGAAUUGGUCAUGUAGAGAAAAUCCAAAACAUAAACAUCAUCGAUUGACAAACAUUAUCAUUUUUUACCAAUUCUGAUUGCGAUUUGUAAUCCGCAGCAGCUUCGACGAAAUUAUCAACGACAACAAUGGCUAUGGAACAUAAAAAACGUAUAAUUAUUUUAUCCAUUAUUGGAAUAAUAUUGACAGCUAUUGGUAUAUCAUUGUUACCAAUUGGACAGAAUUUAAUUACCAAAAUUUUACAUCAAAAAUUGGCAACAUUGCCAGAAAAUCCUGGUUAUAUUUUAUGGCGUGAUAUGGAUCUACCAAUUUCUCAAAGUUUUUAUCUAUUUAAUAUAACCAAUCCAGAUGAAACAUUAAUGGGCGCUAAACCUAAAGUAAAAGAAAUUGGUCCAUUUGUUUAUCGUUUGAACAUAACAAAAGGUGAAAUUACAUUCAAUUCAAAUCAAACAAUUGUUUCUUAUUGGGAAAAGAAACAAUUCUAUUUUCAAUCCAAUCAAUCAGCAUAUGAUUUACAAACACAGGUAACAAUCAUGAACAUACCAUUAUUAACCGUAUAUAAAAUGUUGGAUUCAAACGCUGUGCCCAAAUGGUUACGGCCAAUCAUUCGUGCCAUUUUUAAUCGUUUGAAUUAUAAUUUUUUCAUUACAACAACAGUUGAUCAAUUAUUAUUUAGUGGUUAUAAAAGUCCAAUUCUUUGUGAAUUGAGAAAAUUCUUGCCCAAACAAAUUCCAUCAUGUUAUUUUUCAUUAAUGUCCAAUCAAAAUGAUACAUGGUUCGGUCCUUAUGUUCAAUAUACUGGGCACAGUAAUAUUAAUCAGCUAACAUCCAUAAUAACAUACAAUGGUUCGGCAAAACUAAAUUAUUGGCAAAAUGAUCAAUGUAAUGAUAUUAAUGGUACACAAAAUGGUGAACUAUUUCCACCUCCACAAAUUUUUGGCGGCCAUAAAAUGUAUAGAUUUUUUCGUCCAGAUUUUUGUCGUUCAUUUAAUCUUACAUUGAAUGAAACAAAUAUAAUUAGUGAUGUUCAUCCAUUACGUACCGAUCGUUUUCAUUUAGAUCGACAUUCAUUUAUGAAUUCAAAGGAUUAUCCACCGAAUAGUUGUUAUCAAUCCAAACAAAAAUUACCCCAAUUUGAAAUGGAUGAAAAAUCAAUCAAACAAAUGGCUGAACAUUUCAUCGAUAAAUUAGAAAUAAAUUUGGCUGAUGUUUCUUCAAAAAAUUCCACCGAAUCAAUCAAUGAUGAUAAAAUGAAUCAAACGACAACAACAAUAAAACCAUCAGGUGUUUUUGAUUUAUCCGCAUGUCAACAAGGUGCACCAAUAUUCAUAUCAUUUCCACAUUUUUUCGAAGCAUCGAAUUAUUAUCUUGAACAUGUUGAUGGAUUACAUCCAAAUCGUUCAUUGCAUCAAUCAUAUAUUGAUAUUGAACCACAAACAGGUACACCGGUUGAUUUUGUUGCACGUGUACAGGUUAAUGUUGAUGUACAAACAGCACAAACAACACAUCAACAAAUGCAACCAGUGAUGAUGCCAACAAUGUGGCAAAGUCUAACUAUUCAUAUAACACCCGAGAUAGCUCAGACAAUUGAAAUGCAAACAAAACAACCACGUAUUAUUGCCUAUACAGUUGUAUCAUUAAUCAUAAUCAUUGGUUCAAUAAUGUUGAUUUAUUCAUUAUUUGUAUGUAUAUUAUAUUAUUAUCAUCAAUCAUCAUUUUAUGAUGAUGUCCAUUCAUCAUCAUCAUCAUCGGAUGACAGACCACUGAUUAAUAAUAAGGAUGAUGAUGAUGAACAACAACAACAAUCAAAUCGACAACAACAAACAAUCACAGAUAAUCAUAAUGUUGGUGUUGGUGGUGAUAAUAAUACGGCCAAUUAUGGAACCAUUGAUUAACUUUCAAAAGCGACAACAUUACAUUUCGAUUGAUUUGAAGUUUCUAUAUUCAUUAUAUAAAUAUUUUGUGAUUCUUUCUUUUUUUUUCUUGAUUUGUUUUCAUUCGUUUCAUCAUCAGGGUUUUUUUAGCAUCAUUAAAGU